AUGUUUCCUAAAUCCCUAGCCCCGCGCCUACGUGGCCUCUCCUGUGGGUUGAUCGCUGCGCUAUGCGUCUCCAUCCUCAUGAAUUUUGCCGCCCUCUUCUUCUCCCUUAGAAUCUUAACGCGUAGACCGCGGGGGUACACCUAUCUCGCUGGUGACCGACCCCGCGAGCUGCCCCUCAAGGUUCGCACCAUUCAGUCCGCCUUUGGUGAUGACCCAUCACACUACGGGAUAGAAGGCACCACUGCUCAGGCUGAAUGGGACGCGAUUCUUCCUCCAGGCAAGGGUUUCGUUGUUCUAGGGGAGGAGCAUUUGGCCUUCGGGGUGUCGAUGUGGCAUCAGAUGCACUGCCUUAACCACAUACGCGGUUCGCUCGUUAAAGGAAACGACGGCGCAGAAUAUACAGCCCACUGCUUCCAUUAUCUGCGGCAGAGCAUUCUCUGCGCUGCCGACACAACCCUAGAACCAGGGACCAUGAAUCGCUGGUUUCUCCACCUAUUCGACACCUCUCUUCGCCAGACAUGCGGGUACAGCGGACCAACGCCAUACUGGGACUGGUCACGCGAUCACGCAAACAUGUUCGAUGCACCAGUGUUCGAGGAUUCUCCGGAAUAUGGGCUGGGGGGAACGGGGGAUUGCGACUCUUCCCCCGACGCAGAUUGUGUCGUUACCACAGGUGCUUUUUCCCCGUCCACCGGGAACUUCGAGCUCUCUUGGCCUAUUCCCCAUCCACUGCGGAGAAACCUGACACUCAUAACCGGCUGGUUCGACGAUGAGUUACCUCAGAACCUGACCCUUGGGCCGGACUUUGUGCGUAAUGCGACGCAGCAAACGACAGGCGACUUCUUCAGGUUCCAGUUCGCAAUGGCACUCAUGCACAAUCAUGUACACAAUUUCGUUGGGGGCGACUUGGCAGGGGACUGUCCAAAGGUCCUGCCUAAGGAAGAUUGCCGGGGUAUGAAGAUAAGCUUCACGCCUAAUGACCCGCUUUUCUGGCUGCAUCAUGCGCAACUCGAUCGGCUGUGGAGUAAGUGGCAGCGCCAACACCCAUCCAACUUUGCUGCCUUCUCCGGCAUCCCUCUAAAUCCGCAGAACAUGACUGACGAGCGCUAUGACCUCACUGCUCACGCAGAUCAUCGCAUGGGCUUCGACGUCCAGACCAUGCGCACCUCCCUCUACCUCACCCGUUUCCUCCCUCUCCUCUUCUGCCUUGUCUUCCUCCUCUACCUCGCCCUUCGUGCCACCGCUUCUCUAUCCGACAUUGAAUUUCUCAUAUCUUCCCUAUCUGAGCGUACUGAAGCGCUUCAUAUUGCCCUCGCGUCCCAGCUUGCCGCCCCUCCCACACCGGUCUUCAAAGAUGCCAAGGCUGCCAAUCCAUACAAGAGCGAAAGAAGGAAGUACCCUUCCCUCUCCGAUGGACUAGCGCACUGUAUUAACUCCUUCGAGCAAUACCCUUUCCUCGCUGAGCGUGUGCUCCAAAGGAAAUAUUUACGAUACACCAAGCAGACACCCAUGCAGAAAACCAUAAGCAACAAACUCGGCUAUCCUGCGCACUUUGAAAAAGCCAGGAAGGGAAUCGAGGUGAACGCCCGGUUCUCGGAACAGAUGGCGCAUAUAGCGAGAGAAUAUUAUCAUACCGGCCCAGAAGCGCUCGAGGACAAAGAAGACGCUGACUUCGGGGCGGUGGACCUGGUCUUUGGACACCUUUCCCGAGACUGGAGCCCACAGGGUGCAAAGGAGAGACAAACUGUGUUUCCGCCUGUUUUGCAUGGGCUUGAGCAACACUUUGGCGAAUACGGGAGGGGGAAAAAGAUACUCGUUCCAGGAAGUGGUUUGGGUCGGCUUGCAAGCGAUAUCGCUGAUCUUGGGUACAACGUCACGGCUAACGAGCUGGAUUACGGUUCCAUCAUGGCCUACCACCUGCUGACAAACCACACGAGAUCGCUUCACCAACACACCUUCCAGCCCUUUGUGACCAAAUGGACGCAUCAGUCCAAUCCCUCCUCGCGCUACUCCACCCUGACAGUGCCGGAUCAUUGGCCGAACAAAGCGGUCAAGCUUGUAGAGGGUGAUUUUCUGGACAUGUUUCCUCAGGAUGGAGAAUUCGACGCUGUUGUCACACUGUUUUUUAUCGAUAUUUCCAAGAAUGUGGUUGACUUUUUGGGUAAUAUACAUCGGCUGCUGAAGCCUGGUGGACUGUGGAUUAAUCUUGGACCGCUUAAAUGGGGUACACACUCCGCUAUCCAGCUCUCCGCCGAAGAAGUGCUCCAACUGGCAGAUCUGCUCGGUUUCGACGUGGACCAUACGUCAAGGAGGAGCAUUGACAGCCUGUAUGCUGAACAACCUGACACGCUGCUCAAGUUCACUUAUAUUACGCAGUUCUGGUCGGCGACGAAGAGGUUGUAG